GGCUUAAUGGUUUUAUUGAGUGGUCAAAGAGCAACAGACUAGUAUUUCAUUCCGUGUUUCAAAGAAAGCUUUAAAGCAAACCCAAAAGCAAAGAAUCUCUAAACAUAUUUGAUCAUCAUCCUGCAUUUACAACUGAGGAAAGCCGAGUUUCUCUAUUUGAUACUCAACAAGUCCAAAACAAAAUCAUAAACUACCAUUUCCUGCACAAUAUGGACAGCACAAGCACGAAGGCAGAUGUCAUCAAGCCAGUUCUCCUCAGAGCUGGAAUUCCUCUUGCCAUUACCGUGGCUGGUUUCAUUGUUGCUCGCAUCACCACUAGAAAACGUUCGAGUCGUCUAAAUACUUCGUCAGCAGAAAAUGAAGCUAGUUCUCGUGGGGAGCAGACGGCUGAAGGCUGUUUCCCUGAUGUUCAAUCUAUCAAUUCAUCCUCUUUAUCCAGCUUGGACGCCUAUCAUUCUAUUACAGAUACCUCUAACCGGAACUCUGAAGAAGAACUGCAACAUCAACAUAUAUUUGAAUUAGAAGAAGAAGUUUUGGUCUUAAGAAAUCAAAUAAAAGAUGUUCAUGUGAGAGAAUUUGAGCUGGAGGUACAGUAUCUUCGGUAUCAUGACAUGAAAGAGCAAGAACUGCUGCUUAUGGAGCUUCAGAACAAAUUAUUGUUGGAGAUAACAAGGGUUGAGCUCUUGGCUGAGGAAAUCUCAUCAGUGGAAGCAGAUAGGAAGAGUUUCGAAAGUGUGGUAGUUGAAUAUCUGAAAAUGUUGGAGCUGCUUGAAAUUUCCAGAUCAAGAAACAGAUUGCUUCAGAGGAAGGUUAAGAAGCUGUUGAGGAGAACAAAAGAACAUUCUCGAGUCAUAAAGCAGCAGCAUAUGCAGAUAGAAGCUAAAGAGGCAGAAAUUUUUAGAAAUCAUCAAGAGCUAGAGGCAAAGGCUAAUAUCAUCAGAAGAAGGGAGAAUGAGAUCAAGGAACUAAAAUUGGCUUUUGGACAACUGCAAAUGGAGAAAGAUGAACUAUCGAGACAGAUGGAGCUGGCAAAUACAGCAGCUUCAUCAAAGGUUGACAUUCUUCAACUUGCCACAACUUCAUAUUCCCGUAUAAAGCAUAUCUAUCUGUUGUUUUACAAAAAUGCGAUGGAUAUAAAAGUAUUAUGGAUGGAAUCAUGUAGGCUUAUAGAUGGGGAAAAAAAAGUGUUAAUGUUCUCUCUUUAGUAUGUAAUAAAUGCAUCCCCUGUUGUUCAAAGAUUAAUUGCUUGAGGUUCACAAGACAGUCUCUCCUUCGUAGAUUGAUGCAGA